CCAUUGGAAUUAUGGCUGAGGUUAAGUCAAUGUUCCAUCAGGUUAGAGUAGAAAAAUCAGAUGUGGACUACUUGCGCUUCCUGUGGUGGCCACAGGCUGACACCAGUCAAACCCCAAAGGAAUACCGUAUGCCUGUGCACAUAUUCGGUGCUGUGUCCUCCCCAAGUUGUGCAAGUUUUGCAUUACGAAAAACUGGUGAUGACAAUGAAAACUGUUUUCCCCCUCAUGUAGCUGAAACAAUCCGGCACAACUUUUAUGUGGAUGAUUGUGUUAAGUCCAUGGCCAAAGAGUCUGAUGCCAUCCAGCUAGUAAAAGACCUCACUGCACUAUGCUACAAAGGUGGAUUCCAGCUGACUCAAUGGGUCAGCAACAGCCGAGCAGUUCUAGCAUCCAUUCCAAAAGAAAAACGGGCAAAGGAAAUCAAAACACUGGAUCUUGACAAAGACAGCCUACCCAUUGAAAGAGCCCUGGGACUGCAGUGGUGCGUGGACUCUGACCAUUUCCAGUUUAACAUCAAUUUAAGCCAAAAGCCACAUACCCGCAGAGGCAUACUUUCUGUUGUAAGUUCAAUUUUUGAUCCCCUCGGCUUUCUUGCUCCUCUCAUUCUCCCAGCCAAGCAGUUGUUACAGGAACUCUGCCAGAGAGGCUUUGGAUUGGAUGAACCUUUGCCCCAAGUUAUAGUAGACAGGUGGAAGGAAUGGAUAAACAGUUUAGAAAAAAUAAAAAGCUUCAGUGUUGCACAUUGUCUGAAACCAAAGGGCUAUGGAACAACAAAAUGUGCAGAACUACACCACUUUGCUGAUGCCAGUGAGAGUGGCUAUGGCUCAGUAAGCUACAUAAGACAAGCUAAUGAGCAGGACAUUGUACAUGUCACUUUUCUCCUGGGAAAGUCCAGAGUCCUUCCUUUAAAGAACAUCACAGUACCUCGGCUGGAGCUGGCCGCUGCAGCAUUGUUGGUAAAGGUGGACAAAAUGCUAAGGAGAGAACUACAUCUAGUCUUAAAGCCCUCUGUUUUCUGGACUGACAGCCAAACUGUACUUAAGUACAUUAGAAGUGACACUGUAAGAUUCAAGUCGUAUGUAGCAAACAGGGUCUCGCUGAUUCGGGACAACUCUGAGCUGUCUCAAUGGAGAUACAUGAGAAGCAAGGACAAUCCAGCUGAUGAUUCCUCAAGAGGAUUGAGUGCAGGCAAAUUCAUGGAACAGAAGAGGUGGAUGCAUGCCCCAGAGUUCCUAUGGACGCCCGAGGAAAGCUGGCCAGUGGUGGAGGCAUUGGGCUCAGUGAAACAGGAUGAUCCAGAGGUUAGGAAAAGCACUACUGUGUUUACAACAGCAGCGAACACUGAAACGCCCACAGACCAGCUUAUUUCAUACUUUUCAGAUUGGAUGAAGCUCCUUAAAGCAGUGGCAUGGUACCUCAAGCUGAAAAAUACCUUGAUGCUGAGAGUCAAAAAGCAAAAGAACUUUCCCUCGUAUCAAGUCACUACCCGUUCCCACAGCCUAAAGGUGAGCCCAAAACUGGCCACCAAACCCGGUGGACAGCUCCUCAGAGUGAAGGAUCUCUCACAGGCAGAAAGAUCAGUUAUCUCUUAUGUUCAGAGACAAGCUUUCGCAGCUGAAAUUACAACACUGCAAAUGACCCCACCUCAAGUGAGAAGGAGCAGCAGGAUCAGUAGGCCUGAUCCUGUGCUAGAUGAAGGCAUUUUAAGAGUAGGUGGCCGGCUACAUAAAGCUGCCAUGCCUGAUGAAACUAAACACCCCUGUAUCUUGCCCAUUUCAAUUCUUAUUUUAAGACACAUUCAUGAACGCUGUGGUCACAGUGGUAGAAACCACAUGCUCUCAGAGCUCCAUAAAAAAUAUUGGAUUAGUAAGGCUAACUCCUUAGCCAGAAGGGUGAUCUCAAGAUGUGUCACGUGUCGACGUGUGAGGGGCAAAGCAGGUGAGCAGAAAAUGGCAGAUUUGCCACUGGAAAGAAUCUUACCUGACCUCCCUCCCUUUACCAAUGUCGGAUUGGACUACUUUGGCCCGAUAGAAGUAAAGCGAGGAAGAAGCACCAUCAAGAGGUAUGGAGUUCUGUUUACAUGUAUGUCCAGCAGAGCUGUUCAUUUGGAAGUAGCUUUCUCAUUAAACACUGACUCAUGCAUUCACGCUUUGAGAAGAUUUGUUUGCAGAAGGGGGCAGGUUAAGCACAUCAGAUCUGACAAUGGAACGAACCUGGUGGGUGCUCAAGUAGAGCUCAAGAAGGCUCUGAUGACACUGAACGAAACGAAGAUUCAGGAUGCCCUGCUUCCUGAUGGAAUUGAGUGGAGUUUCAACCCACCAACCGCAUCACAUCACGGUGGAGUCUGGGAAAGAAUUAUAAGAUCUGUUCGUCACGUGCUGAACUCCACACUCCAUCAACAAACCAUCGAUGAUGAAGGUCUUCAAACUCUAUUCUGUGAGGUAGAGGCUAUCUUAAACAACCGUCCUCUCUCCACAGUGUCCUCAGACCCAUACGACCUAGAGCCGCUGACCCCAAACCACAUCCUCCUGCUGAAAACCCAGCCCAUUCUGCCUCCUGGAACCUUCCUGAAAUCAGACCUUUAUGCCAGACGCCGCUGGAAACAGGUCCAGUACAUGGCGGAUCUCUUCUGGCAUAGGUGGACCAAAGAAUACCUUCUUCUACUCCAGGAAAGGCAAAAAUGGACUGCAGUGAAGAAGAACCUGAAUGUUGGAGAUCUUGUCCUGGUAGUUGACCCCACUGCUCCUAGAGGAUCCUGGCCAUUAGGAAGAGUGCUAGAGACCAAGCCUGAUCCAAAGGGGCUGGUUCGGUCCGUAAAGCUCCAGACACGGACUUCAGUCCUUGAUAGGCCCAUUACCAAGCUAUGCCGAAUUCUGGAGACUGAAGAAUGUCCGGUGACUCCUAAAGAUUACCAAUAAGGGAAGUAAUGUAUACAUAUAUUUUCUAAAAGCAAAAAGAGAUUAUUGAAAACUGGCUCCUUUUUGUAUUUAUUUUAAAUAAUUGAUUCUAUAGAGAACAAUUAGGGGCCGGUGUGUAGGAGCCACAAUUUAAUUUAUUUAUGGUUUUAUAAUUGACUUAUAGUUGUCUUUUUUGUUGCAUUUGAGAAGUACUUUUAACAGGUGGAGAGGGCGUUACCCUAUAAGUUGCAGUGGGUAGCGCAUAAUGAUGAGAAGGCGUGUCAGCAGAUACAGUCUUUGACCUUGGCCUGGAUCUGCGCUACCGGAGCGCUGUAUUAAAAAGCUGAACUCCAAGCGCCAUAAAACCAUAUUUAAGGACAUUUAAAACAAUUUGCAUCUAUGUUUUGUAUUUUAUUUUAUUUGUGUAACCCUACAGUGGUAGUUCUGCUUAUGGCAGGCUAAAAUAACCUAUUGUAGGAGUUAUCUUAAAUCUGGAUUCGAUGAGGAGAUUGGUUAUGUGCUGAUCAUAUGGCCAAAAGACUCACAAAUUUCACUCCAAAAGAAGCACAGGACAAUAGAUUAAAGUUUAAAUGUAGUUCUU